AUGUCAAGAUUUCAGAAGAAUAGAGAUAACAUGAUGAGGCAUGAGCACACAAUCUGUCCAAAAAUCUUGCUGAAGUUAGAGCAAAAUAAAUCUAAGGCUGCUGAAUGUAUUGCCACUAAAGCUGACCAAUUCCAUUACCAAAUUGAGGACAUCUACCUUAGACUAUUCUCUGUUAAUCUUAAGGAGAUGACAUGUUCUUGUAGGAGAUGGGAGUUAACUGGAAUACCUUGUCAUCAUGCAAUUGCGGCUAUUUGGGUUAAAAAGGAUGAACCCGAAAUGUAUGUCCACGAAUGCUACACAACUGAGCAGUAUAUGAAGAGUUAUGGACCCUCAAUCCUGCCAAUUAAUAGCUCUGCACAGUGGCCUAAGACAGGAGUAGAUCCAGUGCUGCCACCCAUUUACAAGACUCAGCCUGGUAGACCGAAAAAAUUAAGAAAGAGAGGACCCGAUGAGACAUCUCCAAAAGAACCAGAUCUUAAAAAGCAUAACUCAUUAAAAGCAUCCAGAAAAGGAAAAAAGAAGAACUGUGGUACAUGUGGAAAAACAGGACAUAAUAGUAGAAGAUGUCCUAUUAUCAUGCUGAGCCACCAAGAAGAGGUUCAACAACAACUUAGCAGAGAAGGUCUUUCUAGCGAACCAAGCAAUGUAACAGAAGCAAGUACUCCAAAUGUUUCAAGUAUUAUUAGUGAGAGUCAAGCAUCAAUGCAAUCUAGUUCCUCGAUUGUGACUAAACAAACACUGCCUUAUGUUCUUAUAUAUAUAUGUCAGAUCAAACAACUUAACCAGCAAAUGGCACAGCCCGGAGAGCAACUAAAGAGUUCGGCAUUCAUUUUAGCAGAAAUUGGCGAGCACUCUAGGGAAGGUACAAGCUCACUCUUCAUCAUGAGGGAGGGAAGACAAUACAUUCCACCAUCAAGAUUAAGGGAAGCACUUUCUAAAACUAGCAAGAGAGGAGGAAAGGGACACCUUUAA